AUGUCAUCCCACACCGGCCUCCUCACCACAACCCCCCGUCUCAACCUCUCCUACCUCGAAUCGGGAAAUGAUACGCAUUGCGACUUCAUCGUCACCCUCUUCAAUACCCCCGAAUUCAUCGCUUCGAAUGGAGGGAACGCGACGAGUAUUGUUACUCGGGAAGCGGCUAGGCAAUAUAUCGAGAAGAGAUUUGAGGGGGAAUAUGUGAGGAAUGGAUUUGGGAGUUAUUUGCUCUCCCUGAGAAGGCCAAGUCCAACCUCGGAGGAAAGGGAUGGGAAGGAGGAAGUGGAGGAGGAAGUGUAUAUCGGCACGAUCUCCCUCAACCGUGGACCCCCGACGCCCGAGAAUCCGACUGUGCCGGACUUGGGCUUCGCGAUCCUACCGGCGUUUAUGAGGCAAGGCUUCGCCAUCGAGGCUUCACGGGGUAUGUUGGAGUACGCGGAACGGGAAUUGGGUGUCAAGGAGGUGGUGGGACUUUGUGCAGUGGGGAAUCGUGCGAGUAAUGGGGUUUUUGAGAAGUUGGGAUGGAGGGAUAGGGUAAGAAAAUCGAAGUGUAGGAGGUUGUCCCACCGGCGCCUUCGUGACUUCGUCUAUUUUGAUGUGUUUAUGAUGUUGGCUGACUUUGUACGCUUUGCUUGA